AUAACUAUACUUCUUGUAUACUUUGUGUUACACGAUGACGCCAUCGUAUUUGGCGUUUCGGGUGUGUAAACAAAAGAAGGCUUCACCGUUAACGUAUUGAAAUAAGUUUUGUGAUUGGAAGAAUUAUUAAUUGAUUUACGCCUUGUGGAUUGUACUGUAUUUCCGUUAUUAGCAUUUCUGGCAAGAACGUUUAUUAAAGUAAAGGUCCACAUAAGAUGUCUAAUGACGACCAAUCAAUGAACUGCCAUGGUGACAGUGGAGAAGAUGUAGGUGAUGCUCUAGGUAUACCAUUUUUUAGUAAGACCUCAACAGCAGCAGCCUACUUGUCGAUUCAUCCUGACAGUGAAGAGUACAACAUGAAACACAAAAUGAGAGGAAAGUGUCUGAUAUUUAAUAACAAAGAUUUUGAUCCCCAUACUCGUCUGAACGAAAGGAGAGGGACCAAUCAAGAUGGUGAACAACUCUAUCGUUGUUUUAGAGAAUUAGAUUUUGAAGUUGUCAUGCACUGUAAUUUACCCGUAAAAGCAAUGCUUAAUGAAUUGGAAAAGGUUAGUAAGGAAGACCAUUCAAAUCGAGAUUGCUUUGUCUGCUGUAUUUUGACACAUGGAGAACAAGGUGCAUUGUAUGGCCGAGAUGGGAAGUUUCCCAAUGAAAUGGUAUUUACACCAUUUACUGGUGAUUUGUGUACAUCCUUAGCAGGCAAACCAAAAAUAUUUUUUAUACAAGCUUGUCAAGGAGAUAAGUUGGAUAGAGGAGUUACUUUAGCUACGGGAAAAGAUGAACCUGAUGCUGGAUCAAAAUUUUUCAAGAUACCAACCCAUGCUGACUUCCUUAUAUGUUAUUCAACUGUGCCUGGGUUUUAUUCGUGGAGAAACACCAACAAUGGGUCCUGGUUUGUGCAGGCAUUGUGUAAGGUGUUGGAAGCUCAUGCCAAGGCCAUGGAUUUACAGAGUCUAAUGACAAUAGUGUGUCGGAAGGUAGCGUAUGACUUCGAGUCUUGUGUACCCAAUGAUCCAGGAAUGGACAGGAUGAAACAAGUGCCUUGUAUAAGUUCCAUGCUCACUAGAAAAAUCUAUUUUCAUCCAAAGAUUUAGUCAUGUUCAUGCACUGAGCAGUUUACACAAACUUAAAUUUUUCUGAAAGCAAUUGUAGUAUGUUGUAGUAACUGAUGAUUUUUAGAUACUUUUUAUUAAAUUCACACGGUUUGAAAAAUAUUUUUCUCUCUUUAACAGGAAUAAAAUAUGGGGGUAAUCUAGUUUCUUUAGAAGAAGCCUAUGUUUUAUAAAGUAGAAUAAUAAAGUGGUGGUAAUCAGUUGUCCUUACUAAUAACAGUAUUUGGUUUUGGCUUGAAUGUACCAAACAUGUUUACAACAUAAUACUAGCAAAGGACUACCAACUGAAGACAGGUUUGUGUGCACUUCAGAUUAAGAUUACUUAUUUCAUAACUAGUUAGUCCUAAAAAGCACUGUAAAAAUAUUGUACAACAGAAAAUUGUGAAGGUACUCUGAAAGAAACAGGAUUUUAUUCUUAAAGGCCUACUGUAUUAGAAUACCACGAAACAUUGUAUGAUAAUUACGGUUAGGAAGCAGGCAACCCAGACAUUAUUCAUCAUUAUAGCUCUUGUUACUUCUGUAUACAGGCUUGGUCCUUUUCACUGACAAUUGUGCAUUUUACAGAGUUAAUUAAACAACUUUAUUAUAAAUAUAUAUCAAUAAACUUUGUAUCAAAUUGUAGUUUAUAAUUCAAAUUUUAAAAUAUAAGAGUUUUAAUUUGUUAAUUUCCUAAGGAAAUAUUUACACAUUUAUCAAUCUUCUGUAUUUCCUGUGGCACUUGUUUCCUCCAAAUUCCCUGUUUUAGAUUUUUUUUCUUCCCCUGUAUUAUCUUCUAAGUUUAUCACGAAUUACAAACUUAUACAAUAGAUAUUCCUAAGAUAAAGUAUUAAUUUGUAGCCUUUAAACUUUUUGCUUUAGUGAGAUAUCUAUACAAGAAAGUGAAAUUUGCAUACCAUGCCCUUCCUAUCAUGUCUUGUGUUUCAUUAGCUAUUGGAUUAUUUACAAUCAAUACAACUAGAUUUUAAUUUAGUGAAAUUCUAUGAGUCUAAAUUUGUUCAGGUGACAGAUUUUGAAAAAUUUGGCCCCAGUUUCCUUGUUUGACCAGUUAUUGGAAAUAUUUUGACCCAUUUAUAGCUUAGGCUUUGAAAACCAGUUAAAUUUUAAUAGUUUUAAGACAUUCUGUUUUUUGUAUGUGACAAAUUUUGUAUUUUAAAUUACACAUUUUAAUUUAAAAAACUUGAGACAACACUAUUGAUACUAAAAAAUAGGGUUAGUAUACAUCAGGGGCUUAGUUCUUAUGAGUACAAAAUAUGAAAAAAGACAAGAAUGCAGAUUUAAGUAUUAAAUUUCUUCUUUUUUCAUGAAUAUUUGUUAUUUAUUGUUAUAAAGUAAAUAAAAUUUAAAAAUUAGAUAAGAAAACAUAAAUGAAAAAAACAAUUAGAGAUAUUAUUCACAUGAGAGCAUGUGAAUAUCAUGAGGCAUCAUUAUGUAGUUCGACAUAUGCAUACACAAAACUGUCCUACUGUGAUGAAUGGCUUUUACCAUACUCUGAAAGGGUCCGACUUUUAGGUAUAUCCAUAAAGCAAUAAAUCUAAACGAACACAGCUUUGCUUGUAAGAAUAAAUAUAGUGUUAUUGUAUGUUACAAUGUGUAGUCAUUCUGCAAAGAAAGAAGGGUAAUUUAGAUUUACUUUUGGUUUAUCAACUUUUCGUUUAUCCUAUGUUGCUGAUUUUGUUACAGUUAGUGUUAGGGUAAAGAAAAUAGAAGUUAAGAUGUAUUUCCCAAAGAAAAACUUCUGAUAUUCAUUCAGGAGUUCUAGAGGUUAUGCAAAUAAAAUUUGAAAACUGUAUGAUGGGGGGAAAAAAGUAUUUUUUAUAUUUAUCAUGAAAAAAUCAUCUUGUACUUGGACUGACUCAGUAAAGUCACAGACAAAUCUUUAGUAAAAAUAUCUGUUUUUGGGUACAAAAGACUUGCACUGUUUGCUUAAAGCUUGCUAAUUUUCACGAAAAAUUCACUUAGUAAAUUCAGAGUUAUAGUCUUGUUAUACUUUGACCAAGCCCAUACAUAGAGAGUUAAGUACGAUCUAUUUCUUUCUUUACUAAUUCGGUAAAUUGUAGGUGUGGUGGUCCAAACAUGUUUGGAAGUGUUCGUGCACAAUGUUUAUAAGAGAACUAAAAAGAUAGAAGUUUCAAAGUGCUAGGUUAGGACUUUAUGUGGGAUGGAAGAGGCCAAUCCAUUCUAACUUAAUAAUACCAUAAUGUUUAAAAAAAAAUGUCCCACGGAGUUGCCGUUUCACAAUUGUGUUGUAUUCUUCAUAUUAUGAAACACUUAACAAAGUAUUCUAUCAGCAGUUGAUCGAUAGUAACUUAUUAAACAUAAUUUUUUCAUUAGCCACGGUUUAUUCACAUCCAGCGUAUGGGAAAGAAAGUCAUUUAAUUCUGAAUACUUUUUGUGACUAGAAACACUGAAUCAUAAAAUGAACAGAAUAGUAAUAGUAUGAAAUAUAGUUGAGCAAGUCUAUACAUAAGGACUUGAGGAUAUGAUAUACCUGGGUUUUAUAUGCACAUAGUAAUAACAAGUGAAUCAUAAUUAUAGUAUUUUGGCAUUUGUGUAUAAAGUUAAAAUCAUAAAUGAUAUUCAACGUUAAACUGGUACCAGUUUAACUUUGAAUAUUAUUUAUGAUUUUAACAAAUUAAUUCUCACUUAAAAUUAUCAAAAUAUUAUGUGAUAGUUCUAGAAGAGUGUAAAAUGCUUUUAAAGAAAAAAGUUUUGUAUUUAAAUUAAACGUGAGAACAUGAUACGCAGUUUUUGCUGUUAAAAAUGGUUUGCUGAUAAUUUUGUUUGUUUGUGGAUGAUCUCUCACAACAUCGAAAAAAACAACUGCAUCAUAGGUAUUAAAAUGCAGGAAAUAUUGACAAGAUUAGUCAAAAUUUGGAUUUUAGAGAUAAUUUUUAUGUUAAUGAUGCCAUAAGUAUUUCACAAAAUUUUCUGUCUUGGAGGAAAGUUUACUGAUUAGUUUGCCAGACUGUACGUCUAAGAGCCCCUGAUUUCUAUCCUGUUGCCAUAAAAAGAAAAAUAAUAGUUGUGCUCAGCAUUUUGGGGCCAUGGGUGUAUCGUAAGAGUGACAGUUCGUUCCCAUUAUUUAAUCAGAGUAAUUUGAGAGUUGGUGUUGACUAGCUACUUUCCAUUAAAUGUAUUAGUUUAAAAUUAAGGACUGCUAGCACAGAUAGCUUUUGUGCAGACUUUUAGGAAUAUCUAAAACAGAAACUUGAACAGUUACAUACCUGACUUACAUUUUAUCUGUAUGAAAAAUUAUGUAUAAUAUCAUAAAGAUACUGUUUUACAUCUGUCACUGAUUUUUACUUUGAUAAGCAUCACAUACAGACACUAGAGAGCACCAAAUUCGUGAAUUUCUAUCCGUGUAAUAAAUUUAUGUGGGUUAAUAAAGAGAGGAAUAAUUUAGUGAGUUUACUGUCUCAGAAAUUUGUGUAGUUGCUUUCAACUACUUGAAAAAUUGUAAUUUGUGUUGCAUUAAUAUGCACAAAUGGUCCCCAUGGUUCUUACAGUAGUUACCAUAGCGAUAAUUUCUUUGUGUAAGUUUGAGAUGUUAGUUAGUUCAGCUGAUUUGGAUUUCAUGAUACACUACUGUAUUAACCUUGUGCUGUAGUGCAUUAUAUGUUUAGGACAACAAUUGUCUAGGAUUCUAAUAUAACAUUUACAUUAAUAAAGACACAGUUAUAUAUAUAGCAUGCACAUAAAGAAUAAGGGACUAAUUCAACAUUUUACUUCUGCAAGAAUAUGACUAAAAACUGAUAAUUGUGGCAGGUUUUCGAGGCUACAGUGAGAUCAUGCGAUCCAUAGUUUGGUGUUUGUUACUUCAUAAUUUUCUCUUGUAUGUGUGUAUCGUUUGUAGACUAUACUUAUGAUUCUAGUGAAAGACAAAAACAAGUGUUAUUUAUUCUCGUUAAUAGUUAGAUUUAGCUUGCAUUAAUUUGUAGCCAGUAUUACUUGUUCAUUAAUGUUGUUAAUUAGCAUUAUUGGGAUUGUUAUGUUUUAUAACCUUAAAAAGAGAGUGGAAUUACUACAGAUUACUUAAACGUACUUAGAUUUUUAAACGUGUAUGUUCCUCGCAUAUCAAUUCUUAUAACCUAUAUAACUCGAAUAUCUUUGUUGGAAGAUGCAAAGUUUCGUCAAACAUACAUUUUUUGUUUGAAAUUUCAAGUCAAAUUGUUGUGUUUAUUUGAAUCAUUCUUUAUAUUUGACCAUUUAAAUCACUGUGAUUUCGCUAGUUUAACAUUGUUUUUAUAAAAAUGAGUACGUUUGAUAGUCUUGUAGGUGAAACAAGUUUAAUUAUAAUACAGAAGUGUACAUUGGUAGUGCUGUGUAGUGUGACUAAUGGCAUUUUGUAUACAGAUAUCCAUUUUAUUUCAAAGAAGUCUGUAAGGUUGUGUUUCAGCUUCAGCAGUAUUAUUUAACAUGAAUGUAAAAGUGAAACCUGUACCCUGAACUGCACCAAGAUGUUAUUGAUAAGAUAGCACAUAGGUGUGCCUUGCUCAAAGUUUACAGGUUAUUAUUUCCAUAAUUGGUAUUUAUGCCAAGUGCCUGCAUCUAUAAGUGAUUAAGAUUUAUAUAUGUAAAAUAUUUUUUACAAAUCACAGUUUUUAAAUUUUCAAUACUAGAAUCAGCUUGUACUGUUGUCCUGUGCUAAAUAAAAAUAAUACAAAUAAC